AGAAUACAGGUAACAAGAGUGGAUAAUGCUACCUCUUCUGCAAAGUAUGUCUCAGUUGGAGUUCCACAAGGGAGUGUCCUUGUACCACUCCUAUUUAUCCUUUACGUGAACGACUUGCCGUCUUGUAUUAAGAAGUGUAAAGUGACUAUGUAUGCAGAUGACACGGUUCUUUAUUUCUCUUCCUCUACGUUGUCGGAACUUGAGGAAAAUUUGAAUGCUGACCUUGAAAUCCUUCGCAGAUAUUUAAAUGACAAUCUUUUAACUUUGAACGCUGAGAAAAGCAAAUUUGUAAUCUUCGGCAGCACGCGUAAACUCAAUUCAUUCCGUGAGUUUUCAUUAGAGAUCAACGCAUAUAACUUGGAACGUAGAGACACCUUCAAAUACCUUGGCAUUAAACUUAAUCAAAAUAUGUCUUGGUCGGACCAGAUUGAUGCCCUUAGCAAAAAAGUCAGCCAACGACUUGGAGUUCUGCGUCGUGUUAAGUAUUUGCUGCCUCUACAUGGUCGUUUGGCGAUAUAUAACAGUCUCAUUUUACCGUUAUUUGAUUAUGCAGAUAUUGUGUGGGGGGACAAGAACAAUAAAGUCCUAAUGCAUAAUCUCCAGGUUUUGCAAAAUAACGCAGCAAGAACUAUACUGGAUUAUCCCAAAUACUUUUCCGGUACCGAAGCCCUCGCACAGCUAAACUGGAUGCCUCUAUCAGAACGUCGACGCCAACAUCGUUGUAUUG